GCGGCGUCAUCAGGAGACCUUGAGGCGGGGAUAUAAGGGAGAGGGCGUCCAGACCCCUCAGGACAGCAGGAGACGAGAGAGAGCAACAUGUGUCCUGCAUGGUUAUUGGUUGUGGCAGUGGUGGGUGUGGCCAGAGGAACUGUCAGUCAAUGCUGGGAACAACCCUCCUGUAAAGACGUGUCUUCAGAGAGCAAUAUACUGGAAUGUAUCCAGCUGUGUCGGUCCGACCUGACAGAGGAGACGCCCCUCUUCCCGGGCGACGCCCACCUGCAGCCCCUCCUCCUGCCGGAGCCCGACUCCAGCCCACCCUUCUCGCGCUCCCCCUCCUCCCCCCUCUCCUUCUCCUCCUCCCUGCUCCUCCCCGGGGGGGGGGCGCGCCCGGCUAAGCGCUCCUACUCCAUGGAGCAUUUCCGCUGGGGCAAACCGGUGGGCCGCAAGAGGCGCCCCAUCAAGGUGUUCACCUCCUCCUCCUCCUCCUCUCCCCCGCCCGGCCCUGACGACUCCUCCGAGGGCUUCCCCGGCGAGAUGAGGAGGGAGCUGGGCAACGAGGCGCUGGAGGAGGUGAAGAAGGACGGCUACAAGAUGAAGCACUUCCGCUGGGGCUCCCCGCUGCCCAGCAAGCGGUACGGAGGGUUCAUGAAGAGCUGGAGGGAGGAGGAGCGCGGGCAGGGUCCCCUGAUCACACUGUUCAGGAACCUCAUCAACAAGGAGCAGCAGCCCGACGCCUAGGGGGGAGAGGGGGGAGAGGGGGGAGAGAGGGGGGAGGAGGAGCG